AUGGGUGAUGAUAAAUUGGAUCCAUCUAAAGCUUGUAAUAUUUCACAAGAUUGCACUGGACAGCUGGGACCGUUUUGCAGCAGUUUUGAAGAUCAUACUACCGAAUCGGAUUUAUUACAUACAUUCGAGUUACCAAUAUCACCAAGUCAAGAUUUAUUUGGUGAACCUACAACAUCAAGCUCCAAUAGAUAUUCUCCUCCCAUUGGUCGUACAACGGUAACUACUCCAUCUUGCUUCUGGAAAAACUGUGAAUCUUCUGUUCAUCAAGUUUGUGUUAACACAGAUAGUGGAUUUUCUAGUUGGACUGGAGGAGGUGAUUCUAAAACUAAAUCUCCAUCAAAUCUGAUUUCAUCUUACUGUGCCUUACCCCACUCAAUCUUUUCAUCACUGAUAUCAUCCGAUCGUGAAAGUGUUUUUAUGCUGAAUCAAUCUGAUCAAGCUAAUUCGCCUUGGGGCUGA